ACGUGAACCAACAUCAAUGUCAAAAUCAGGGUCGAUUUUUUAGAACGAAAAUCAACUUGAUUAAAAAAAGGAAGAUAACUUUCUGAAAUUUGAGAAGGAGGGUUGAUUCAGAGAUGUUGGAUUUUUUUAUUUCAAGUCUGAUUUUUGAGAAACUGGGCAGUUAAAAUUGAGAUUGAUUUGAUCUCGCUUGUCACAUGAUUUAAAAUGGCGGAUGUAUAGAUAAGCCAAAGAGUUGACCGAGUUGACGGACUGAGUGACGUGAAGAGUUUUUAUUUAUAUUCAUUUCUAAUAGUUGCUUCGUAUUUUAUGAUGCAAAGGAAAUUUACCUAGAGAAAUACAUAUCUACUAAGUUUAUAGACAUUAGAUUGGAAUUCAAAUAUGAGUGUCACGCUUCAUACAGAUGUUGGGGAAAUCAAAAUAGAAUUGUUUUGCGAAAUGUGUCCCAAAACGUGCGAGAAUUUUCUGGCACUUUGUGCCAGUGAUUAUUACAACGGAUGUUUGUUUCACCGAAACAUAAAAAAUUUCAUGGUCCAAACGGGAGAUCCAACAAAUACUGGUAAAGGCGGUACAUCAAUCUGGAAUCGAAAAUUCGAGGACGAAUUCAGAGAAGAUUUAAAACACAAUACGCGAGGACUCGUUUCAAUGGCAAAUAACGGACCAAAUACAAAUGCAAGUCAAUUCUUUAUAACUUAUGCACCACAGCCACACCUCGACUUAAAAUACACUCUUUUCGGGAAAGUUAUCGAUGGAAUGGAGGCCUUGGACCAACUUGAAAAACUUCCCGUACACCCCAAGAAUUACAAGCCACUCACGGAAAUUAGAAUAAAUAAAAUUACCAUACACGCCAAUCCUUUGGCAGGAUAAAUUUUAUUUUCAGGAAAACUUGACAUGAUAUGAAAAUCAUACCGAUGUAAAAAGCCUUUCCCUGGAAAAUUGGAUCCACGACUCCACUAGAUCCAGGAGAAAUAGCAGUUACUGUACAAAUGGCUUCAACUCCUCCUCGAUCAUUCAACAA